AUGUCUCUGGGAUUGGCUCCAUACACGAUCACGUACUUCCCUCUCCGAGGACGCGCCAAUACCCUCAGAAUUCUGCUGAAUGACCAAGGCCAGGAGUGGAAGGAGAUUGUGGUGACAUUUGAUGAGUGGCAUAAGGGAGUGCUAAAAGCUUCCUGUGCAUUUGGGCAGUUGCCCAUAUUUCAAGAUGGCGACCUUGUCUUGUACCAGUCAAAUGCUAUGCUGAGGCAUCUGGGUCGCAAGCAUGGUCUUUAUGGGAAAAAUGACAGUGAAGCUGCUCUCAUUGACAUGAUGAAUGAUGCUGCUGAAGAUAUUAGGGGAAGAUAUGUCACACUUGUUUACAGUAAUUUUGAUGAUGGCAAAGAAGAAUACCUGAAGGAUCUGAUGAUUCGUCUUUCCAAAUUUGAGGCUAUCCUGGCCAACAGCAAAACUGGGUUCCUUGUGGGCGAUAAGAUCUCUUUUGCAGACUACAGUCUGUUUGACAUCCUGCUCACUCACCUGGUAAUGAGGUCCAGCUGUCUGGAUUCCUUCCCUAACCUGAAGGGUUUUGUGGAGAGGAUGUCUGCUAGACCCAAAAUUAAGGCCUAUCUUGAAUCUGACGCCUACACAAAACUGCCCAUUAAUGGGAAUGGUAAACAGUGA